CUUCAAGCUACCUACUAUCACUACUGAUUGAGAGCAGAACAAGGGAUUAUGCGGUGACUAUCGGAAAGCGUUAGAGACUGCGGUCAGGGGAAGUCACAAUAAAGGUGCAGCUGAACAGCUCCUGUGUGAUUACUGACCACUCAGCCAGUCGGAUGAGAGCGCUCAUGUCAACGUUGUUGCAACUCGAAGGAGCGAGGCCGCUAAACUGCCUUGAUCGGUUUGCGCUUCCGCAUUCCAGUCAUGUGUAUCAUUUCAUUCAGAAGGUCCUACUUUGGUCCUACCAUGUCGAGCGACGCUCCCAGACUGGACCUAAUUGGCAGGGUGUCGGGCAGUCUGCAACCAGGCGCUCUGUACAUUCUACUCGAUUUACGGUCCGCGGACCUGAACGACACAACAUUCCACUGGGCCUUAUACCUUCACAAGUCGAACGGGCUCCAUCCAAAGGGAUACAAGUAUCACAUUAAGACGUUGGGCGAGGGAUGGAUCGCCGACCAUGGGCCCCUCAGUGGCGUCACCAAGAGCUUUCUCCUCGUUUGCCUAGUACGCAUCGCGCACGACAUACCGGCCUCGCAAUACGAGGGACUCGCACGUCUCAUCACGCUUGCCGAUGAUCACAUUAACGACGGCGCCAUUACCUGCCGCGUCUGGACCUUGAGUGCAUUGGAGAGGCUCCGAGGCGCUCGGUUCAUUCAGGACGAUGCAGAUGUGGAAGGGCUGGAGAGGGAGGUCAAGCGGAUCGGUAACAACUAUAGAGCAGGAGCUGUGCAAAAUGAGCAGCCUCGACCUAUUGUGGAUCUGUAUUGAGGUACCGAGCUGCGAGUCGGGCAAGCUGACAGCGCGAUACGCUGGUCCACAUGUGAGCCCGGCUACAGUGACUUUUCGGCAAUAAAAAGAACUUGAC